AUGAGUCUGCCCGCAGCCGUGAGUGACGCCAGUUCGGUCGUGGAGUGCAACAAAGUGCGAGUGAUAGUGUUAAGUGUUUUUCCGAGCAACCGAGGCAGUCCUACACCAUUACGAUGAGGACUCUUUCGGUCCUGGUGGCAGUGCUGCUGGCCGCGGCGCGCGCAGAGCCACCCUCGCCCUCCGGGUACUCCUACUCAACGCCGACCGGUUACAGCUUGUCGGGCCCAGCUGGCCCUGGCCCCUCUGGCUCCGCUCUAGGCGGUGAAACCCUCCUCGCGCCGACCCUGUCGCACGGUUUCACGCCUAUCGUCGCUUCGCCCGCACUGCUCGCCACCUACUCAGCCCACGCCCCCGCUGCUGCCGCCGCCCCCGUUGCCGCCCCCGCUGUAGGGGCACCUACCCCAUCCACUGCGUACGGUGCCCCCGGCAUCAAAGUUUCAGAUCUGUCCAGCGGUCUUUCGCAGAGCUACGGCGCGGCGUCCCUCAGCGUUUCCGCGCCACUGAGCUCCUCUGCGCACAGCAAGCUCCCCUCAAUCACCUACGGCGUACCUAGCUCCGGCUACAGCGUUGGGCACGGCUCCGGCCACGGCUCCAGCCACGGCUUCAGCCACGGCUCCAGCCACGGCUCCAGCCACGGCUCCAGCCACGGCUCCAGCCACGGCUCCGGCCACGGCUCCAGCCACGGCUCCAGCCACGGCUCCAGCCACGGCUCCAGCCACGGCUCCGGCCACGGCUCCAGCCACGGCUCCGGCCACGGCUCCAGCCACGGCUCCGGCUACUCCGGCCACGGCUCCGGCUACUCCGGCCACGGGUCGAGCUAUCACGGCGGUCAUGGGUCACACUACAAGACCUCCGCCUUCAGCUCCUCGCUGGUGCGCUUCCCCCGGCCACAUCACGCCAAGGGGCCUUCCUCUGGGUACUCAACCCUGACGGCAGGCUACAGCACACCCAGCCACUCUAGCGGACACCUCAGUGGACACUCCAGUGGUCACUCCAGCAGCCACUCUACUGGCCAUUCCAGCCACGUCAGCUCGACAUCGCUCUCAUCCGCGUAUGGCGUGCCGAAUGCCGGCUUGAGCUACGCAAGCUAUGCACCUGCUGUGAGCUACGCCUCUCCACCCGUGAACUACGCUGCCCCAGCCUUGAGCUACGUCUCGCCCUCUCUUAGUUAUGCCGCCCCCUCCCUUAGCUACGCCGCCCCCUCCCUCAGCUACGCGGCCCCCUCCCUUAGCUACGCUGCCCCCUCGCUGAGCUACGCGGCUCCUUCCCUUGGCUACGCCGCCCCUGCCCUGACCUACGCCGCACCGGCCCCUUCCGCCUCAUACGGCGUUCCUGCAGCCGCCUCCGCUGUCGACUACUCAUCCAGCCUGUCAACGGGGCUGUCGCACAGCAGCGCAAGCGGACUGUCAUCGUACGCGGACUCCUCGUCCUACAGCAGCGACGGCAGCAGCAGCUCCGCCCUGAGCGCCCCCAGCCACUCCAGCCAGUCCAGCUACUCCUCCCAACAGGAGCCGCUAAUCAGCAAGCACAUCUACGUGCACGUGGCCCCCGAGGAGCAUGACCAUCAGAUCCGUCACUACCAGCCGGCGCCGCCACCUCCCCGCAAGAACUACAAGAUUGUCUUUAUCAAGGCGCCUACCCCAGCCGCACCCACACAGGCUACCGUACGACUCCCUCCGCAGGACGAGGAAAAGACUCUCAUUUACGUGCUGGUCAAGAAGCCUGACGAGCAGGCUGACGUGAGCGUGCAGCCACCCGCGCCCACCGAGCCCUCUAAACCCGAAGUUUACUUCAUCAAAUACAAGACACAGCAGGACGGUGGCGCCUCGUCCGCUUCGAGCGUUGUCGGGGCCACGGGUGUUGCUUCGGGAGUCGACAUUAACUCGGUUUCUGGCGGAAUCUCGAGUCUGUCCGGCGGUAUCUCGGGUCUGUCAGGCCUGUCUGGUUUCUCGGCGCCCGGCAGCUCUGGCUACGAUGGAAGCAGCGCUUCCGCUGAAGACCACCACCAAAACCACCGCCACCACAGUAGUAGCAGUAGUAGCAGUGAUUCCAGUUUGACCACGGGGACAUCGUACGUCGCCCCCGCUGCGGAGGGUGGGCCCUACGCCUAAGGAUGGCUAGCAGAUCAUGGGAAACAACUACGUCUGUCCUUAUAGAUCCAACGUUGAGUCCACGUGAAUAUACGGACUACGUAGACCUGUCUUAGAUAAUCCACGAAAUCAUCGCAUUUCACGUAGGCUCAACAUAAAAUCUACGUAGAUUUUCUAAAGGGGCAGUUGCUCCAGCGGCUCCAGGCCAGAUGGGGACUAGUCACGCCUGCCCGGCCACGGGUAAAAAGUUACCAGUGAAGUGGUCCUUGCCACAAACUUAACUUAUUAAGUGCAUGCUUGCAAUUUUUGUGCAUGAACAUGCAUUCUUUAACAGCCAUAAGUAUGCACACUGAUGGCUGAUAAAAAAUCUGCUCGACCUUGCACAACAGAAUGCAUAGGGGUUUAGUAAAGCUAAUGAAAACAAUCGCGUACAAGCCAAUCCAAAGAAAUGUUAUGAACUCUUUCAAAUAUUUUUUCUUCCCCGCUGUUUCAGGAAGAGUAUAAAGAAAUAAAGUGAUAUCACAGAAAGGAUAAAUGGAUUGAGAAAGCAGACGAUACGUGUGCAAUGCUCACGUCCUGUUAAAUUAUAUCUGUACACAUAUGUGAAGGCGGCAACAACCUAUCACCCAUUCUGUCUGUAUUUGUGUUCUCGCCUAUCCUCAUCUCACCACUGGGCAGAGCCAGCUAGGUCGGUCAGAAGCACGUACCCAGCUGGCUGGUCACAACUGCCUUUCACUGACGACUUCUGCCUUGUGCCUUCGCAGCUCGCUGAUCUUGCAUCCCUCUGCACUCGUUGCAUUAUAGUAAAGCAGUCUAUUUAAGUGCAGUGUUAAAUACUUACAAACAAAUUAGUUUGCCAGAUUGCGAAGCAUUUCACAGCUUUGUAAAGGUUUCUACACAAUGAUCACCUAUCGCAACCAGCGCGUUAGUCGCAAAGGUUGUGACGGGAAAUGUUUUUGUAGUUAGUUAAGUUGCAAAGUAAAUGCUUUGUAUAUCACUUGUGAUGUUAUCGCAGCGAGCUAUGACUAUAUCGUAACAAUAACGUUUCGAUAUUAUUGUAGUCGACAAUGUAUCGAAAUAAGAACCAGUUUCGUGUCGUUAACGUUCUGAUUUCGAUACACUGUCGACUAUGAUUUCGAAACGUUAUCGUUACGAUAUAGACAUUGCGCACUGGGCAUGUCCACUGUAAGCUUUUUUUACGAACAACUGCUCUUCAUGGCGUACAAAGGAUUUGGAGCAUUCGUAUUACAAACAAAUUCUUUGUAUUACAAACGAGGCUUUUCGUAUCAUAAAUGGAAGCUGUUCCUAAUAUGAAGGAAAAUCGUUCGUAAUAUGGUUGCUUCAGAUCCUUUGUAAGUUACAAACCCAAUUCUUCGUAAUACGAACACUGCUCUUUGUGAGGAACUAAGGGUGUCUUAUACUCUCUAUACUACUAUUGGUAGUAUUGGUAAAAUUGUAUAAGUGUGUCAUUUACUAUAAAGAGAGGCGUGUCACCACCAUUAAAAAAGGGGUUUAUACCUCGAUGUUAAAAUGUACUUAAAAAUAUAAAAUGUCGGUCGUUGUAUUUAUUUUUGUAGUUAAACUAGUGUAGUAAAUAAAUCCCAAAUUGUGGUCUUCUUGGAAUAAUAAAUCAAUCACCAAUCAUCA